AUGGCUUCCAUGUUCAGACCACCAGAAUCCAAUAGGAGUCACCAAAACACUCCAAAAUUAACGCUUCCCGUAAAUUUAGUUCAAAAUGCGAAACACGCCAAUGAUGGACAACAUCUCAACCGAUCACCGUAUUCGUCGGUAAACGAAAGCCCAUAUUCCAACAAUAGUACUUCAGCUACUUCCGCCACAUCAUCUAUGGCUUCAAGUUCUACUUUACUGUACAAUAGAUCAUCAACGUCUACAAAAUCUAUUACAACUAUUAAAAACAGGCCAGUGCCACCUCCAUUACCACCCUUGGUACUAACACAAAAACAAGAUGGUAAGGAAUAUAGAGUUGUCGGCGAUAGUCAACUUUAUGAAAAAUUCUCGAACUUGCAUGUUGAUACAACUUACAAGGAACCACUGUCUGGUGAUCUUCUUUCCACUAAGCCAUCCAAUAUAGACACCAAUUUUAUGAGGAAAGAUCUCGGCACACCAGGAGGCGAGGAUUCGUACCCCUCGACACUCCUCUCUGCGUAUGACUUAAGCAGUAGCGGGAGCAACUCCACCCCUUUAAGUGCAAAUAACAUGAUUUCUUGUUCUGCUUUAAUACAAGGGAAGGAUGUAGACCGAUUAGAUGAAGAAGCAUGGAAGUUUGGGCAUCUCAAGAACGAGAUUAUUACACUAGGAAUUUUAGGAGAAGGUGCUGGUGGCUGUGUAGCCAAGUGUCGAUUGAAAAAGGGGAAAAAGGUUUUUGCAUUAAAGACAAUCAACACUAUGAAUACUGACCCAGAAUAUCAAAAGCAAAUAUUUAGAGAGCUACAAUUCAAUAAGAGUUUUAAAUCUAAUUACAUUGUGCAGUACUAUGGCAUGUUUACUGACGAACAGAAUUCUUCGAUAUACAUCGCCAUGGAAUAUAUGGGAGGAAAAUCGCUGGAGGCAACUUAUAAAAACCUGUUAAAACGUGGUGGAAGAAUAAGCGAGAGGGUGAUAGGAAAGAUAGCAGAAUCUGUCUUAAGGGGUUUAUCAUAUUUACAUGAAAGGAAGGUUAUUCACAGAGAUAUCAAACCUCAAAACAUUCUUCUUAAUGAAAAGGGAGAAGUCAAAUUAUGCGAUUUUGGCGUCAGUGGGGAGGCUGUCAACUCUUUAGCAAUGACGUUUACCGGAACCUCAUUCUAUAUGGCCCCAGAACGAAUACAGGGUCAACCAUAUAGCGUAACGUGUGAUGUAUGGUCCUUAGGACUAACUCUUCUAGAGGUUGCUGGAGGGCGGUUCCCAUUUGAAUCUGAAAAAAUAACGCAAAACGUGGCUCCGAUAGAAUUAUUGACCAUGAUCUUGACGUUUUCUCCUCAAUUGAAGGACGAACCUGAACUAGACAUAUCCUGGAGCAAAAAAUUUAAAUCUUUUAUCGAGUAUUGUUUGAAAAAAGAUGCCAGAGAGAGGCCUUCUCCCAGGCAAAUGUUAAAGCAUCCAUGGAUAGUGGGGCAAAUGAAAAAGAAAGUUAACAUGGAGCGGUUUGUGAAGAAAUGCUGGGAAAGUGAAGGUGACGAGAGUUAG